AUGAUCGCACUGCUCCUCCACCUGCUCAAGUUCUUCCCGGUCUCCUUCGACCCCCGAUCACUAUGGGACAAUGCGGCGAUUCUCAAGAGGCGGGAGCGACUCAACCGGCUCGUCGGCAUCCUCAACGACCCCAACGAGUUCUCAAACAACCUCAACGCCUUCGAGCUGACCAUCCUCAGCACGCCGGCCCAUGAGAUCGUCGCUCGCAUCGGCAGUCGCCGGCUGAAUUGGAACGCCAAGAACGUCCUCAAGGCGUUCAUCAAGGCUGCUAUUCACGCUCAUGUCGAAACUAACUGUCUCACAGAAAUCAUGUUCGAAGAUGCGCUGGAACGGGCAGAUCAACUGGAUAAGGAGUUUGCAGCCACCGGACGGCUGAGAGGAAGACUACAUGGCAUACCCGUGAGCUUGAAGGACCAGAUCAAUGUCGAAGGGUUUGACUCAACAAUUGGGUUUACGAAAUUCGUAAAUCAGCCCGCCGGGGAGAACGCCCCCGUGGUCGAUCGGCUGAUCGAGGAAGGAGCCAUCCCCUUUACCAAGACGAAUGUCCCCCAGUCACUAUUUUCAUUCGAAUGCUCCAACCCGAUAUUCGGAGCGACACACAACCCUUACAAGCGGGGCUUCACCUGCGGAGGUAGCUCGGGUGGCGAAGCGGCCUUGCUUGCGAGUGACGGAAGCUGCUUGGGUAUCGGCUCCGACAUAGGCGGAAGUCUGCGGAUCCCCGCUCACUACUGUGGGUGCUACAGUCUCAAGCCGUGUAGCGGGCGGAUCCCUCAACACGGGACAAGAAGAGCCAACGACGGAUACGCAGAAAUCGCAGGGGUGCUCGGGCCAAUGGCUCGAUGCUGGGAAGACCUCGUUCUGCUGAGCCAGGUCAUGCUCCACAGACCAGAUCCUACGACGGCCCGCAAAUUCGGAUUGAUUCCUCCCGACGACUUCCGAUACGAGAUCUUCGAUCCGUUGGUUGCUGAAAACACUCCGCCUUCGCUCAAGUUUGGCUUCUUCACAUCCAAUAACUUGAUCGAGACAAGCAGUCCUUGUCAGAGAGCCGUCAUUGAGACCGUUGAGGUCUUGAAGCUGACUGGGUAUGAUUGCGUGGAAAUAGAUGUCACUCGUUUAGACAUUCUGGAAGGAUUAGUCAUUUAUGUCGCACUGUCGAGUGCGGAUGGAUACCAGACGAUGCUCUCACAUGUGGGCAGCGACCACAUAGACUGGUCGAUGUUUCUAACAACGAUCGGGUGCAAGUUACCGAGCUGGCUCCGGUGGACGCUCUGUGGCGUGCUGAAGUAUUUCGUACGGAAUGAGAUGAUGGCCAGGUUGGUCGAAGCCAGUCGCGCCAAAAGCACCGGGGAGCUCCAGCAGUGGAGGGUUCGGAGAGACGCCUAUUGCCUCAAAGUCCGGAGUUAUCUAUGGGAAGAAUUGGAAUUGGACGGACUGAUUUGCCCCACUCAGGCUGUUCCUGCUAUCCCGAUGGGUUCCUCGUGGAACAAAUCUUUCAUGGCGGAAUCUACUCUGAUUUGGAAUUUGGUAGACUCGACAGUAGGCCAACUUCCUAUCACACGGGUGAACGUGCAGAAGGACCAAUCCCAGCGAGCCACGGAAACGGUGACGCGGGUCUCGCGCCGGCCAGCUGCGAUGGCCCAAGUGACGAAGCUCCUGCCGACGAUCGAGGAGAGCGAAGGCUUACCGGUCGGCAUCCAGCUCGUGUGCGGGAUGUGGGAGGAGGAGAAAACGUUGGCCUUGAUGGGCGUCAUCGAGAAGAGUUGGAACAACAGGCCUAACCAGAACGCUCCCCUCUCCCGUCCUGGGGACUUCAUUGCCGAGAAACAGAGAGUCGGGAUCGCUAAUUCCCGUUCAUGA